GAAUCAAGAUCAGACGUGUUGAGCUGUUAUCAUAAAUCCUCUUAAUAUUAUUCCCCCCUCCCUUUCUCUCUCUGGGCUACCUAUUUGUACCACUGUCAUACAUACUAUUACCUGUGAGCGAGCGGUGCUGAGAAAGAAAUCUCUUUUGUUUUCUGCAAGCUGGAAUUCAAUGGGGAAGUUCUUUUUUGAACUCAUCUUCUUCACCUAAUCAUCUUCUUCCCAAUGUCACUCUAUAUUCAAGACAAAUAUCUUCAUAUCUAACCACACGCGUCCUCUUCUCAGUAACCCUUCAUCUCCCUUUAACCAAUUUCACUCUUGAUCUCAUUAUCGUCAUCUCGGUCGCCACAUUGUUGAAUAAAUAAACUAUCCUUCCUUUGAAGAUGUCACCGCCUUUUGAUUGGUUGGACAAAUAUUCCUCACACAAAGGAACGCCGGUGGUCGUCAAGAUGGAUAACCCAAAUAACUGGUCAAUGGUCGAGUUACAAGCUCCAUCGGAAGAAGAUUUCUAUCUCAACUCCGGCGAACCAUCCUCCGCCGUCGCCGUCACUUCUAACACCCGCCGAGAGAAGGUUAAGAACAAGAACGCUAAACAACUGACAUGGGUUCUUCUCCUUAAAGCCCAUCGCGCCGCUAACUGUCUUACAUCCUUAGCAUCCGCAAUGCUUGGGGUUGCGGCGGCUAUUCGCCGCCGCGUUGCUUCGGGACGGACUGAUGUUGAAGUCGAGGGAGAAAGAACAACAUCUGGAGGUGGGUCUAGUGAGAAUUUGGCUGUGAAAUCUCGAUUCUUUUUCUGCAUUAAGGUUUUCUUGUUGGUUUCGUUGAUCUUACUUGGGUUUGAGAUUGCUGCUUAUUACAAAGGGUGGCAUUUUGGGACGGGAAACCUGGACUUGCAGUAUCUGUCUCUACUUGAUGUUACAGGGGUGUUUGGUUCGAUCUAUUCUACUUGGUUAAUGAUACGGGUUGAGUAUCUUGCACCAUUUCUUCAACUUCUUACCAAUAUAUGCAUCGUCCUCUUCCUUGUUCAGAGUUGUGACAGGUUGGUUCUCUGUUUGGGUUGUGUAUGGAUCCGUCUUAAUAAAAUCAAACCCAUCGCCAAACAAACACUUGCCGAUCUUGAAUCUGGUCAACUCAGUUUCUUCCCCAUGGUUCUUGUUCAGAUUCCUAUGUGUAACGAGAAAGAGGUUUACCAGCAAUCCAUAGGGGCUGUAUGUAACUUAGAUUGGCCGAAAUCGAAACUUCUGAUUCAAGUUCUUGAUGAUUCUGAUGACAUAACUGCCCAAUUGCUGAUCAAGGAGGAGGUUCAUAAAUGGCAGCGAGAAGGAGCAAAUAUUGUGUACAGACAUAGAAUUCUAAGGGAUGGAUAUAAAGCAGGGAAUCUCAAAUCCGCCAUGAACUGCAGUUCUGUCAAGGACUAUGAAUUCGUCGCCAUCUUUGAUGCUGAUUUUCAACCUAUGCCGGAUUUCCUGAAACAAACCAUCCCUCAUUUUAAGGACAAUGAUGAUUUGGGUCUGGUUCAAGCUCGCUGGUCUUUUGUGAACAAAGAUGAGAAUUUGCUAACGAGAUUGCAGAAUGUCAAUUUAGCUUUCCACUUCGAGGUUGAACAACAAGUUAACGGAAUUUUCCUGAAUUUCUUCGGAUUUAAUGGGACUGCCGGAGUCUGGAGGAUCAAGGCGUUGGAAGAAUCGGGUGGUUGGUUGGAGAGGACUACAGUUGAAGACAUGGAUAUUGCUGUUCGUGCUCAUCUCCAUGGCUGGAAAUUCAUCUUUCUCAAUGACGUUGAGUGCCAAUGUGAAUUGCCGGAAUCAUAUGAAGCUUAUAGGAAACAACAACACAGAUGGCAUUCUGGUCCUAUGCAAUUGUUCAGGCUUUGUUUGCCCGACAUUAUACGAUCAAAGAUUAGUUUAUGGAAAAAGGCGAAUUUGAUCUUUCUGUUUUUCCUCCUGCGAAAGCUUAUACUCCCGUUCUACUCCUUCACACUGUUCUGCAUAAUCCUCCCUAUGACAAUGUUCAUACCCGAAGCCGAGCUACCUGCAUGGGUAGUAUGUUAUGUCCCAGCCAUGAUGUCUUUCCUCAACAUCCUCCCUGCCCCCAAAUCCUUCCCCUUCAUCGUCCCCUAUCUUCUAUUCGAAAACACAAUGUCUGUCACAAAAUUCAACGCCAUGAUCUCUGGUCUCUUCCAGCUUGGGAGCGCUUACGAAUGGGUGGUCACAAAAAAAUCAGGCAGAUCAUCUGAAGGGGAUCUUGUAGGUUUAGUGGAGAAAGAACACAAGCAACAACAACAACAGCAUCAACAUCAGAGGGGAAGCUCUGAGCCCGACUUGAGCGAAAUGAAAGAGGAGAUAAUCAAGCUGCAACAAGUGAAAAAGAAACACAACAGGUUGUAUACAAAGGAACUGGCUUUAUCGUUUCUUCUACUAACUGCAUCCGCUAGGAGUUUGCUGUCAGCUCAAGGCAUCCAUUUCUACUUCUUGUUAUUCCAAGGGAUGUCUUUCCUUUUGGUUGGGUUGGACUUGAUAGGGGAGCAAGUUGAGUAAAAAAAAUGGUUAUCCAUAGAUUGUACAGCUAUUAUUAUCAUCAUAUAUAUUAUACAAGUUUUCGCCAUUUAGCAAUGAUCAGAUGAACGAAACAACAACGAUAUCGACAGUGAUCAUCGUCAUCUCGAAGAUGGUCUCGAAAAUCUAGUAGAGUUGUUAAGGGGAAAUCUUACCACAUUUCAAAGUAUUUGCAUAAGCUUUUCUUUGUUUAGAGAAUUAAAGGAUAAUGAUUUAUCAUCAUCUUGUUGAUGGGAAUUCUUUACUCUUUGGUUUAUUCUUUUGUAA